AUGAUAGCCCCCAGCCGCCGUUUGUAUAAACUCACCGACUCUGGGCCCGAGCAAUCAUCGCUCAGCUCCGAAGCCGAGUCUGAGGCGACCGAGGCGCCACUGCACAGGGCCGCGAAAGAGUUAGUUGGUUUGAAAGCCUUGCCAAGUGUUCAGCCAGCUACCACAUGCACUUUGUAUGUGUCGGGCGGGCCGGGGGGCAGGAUACCUUUUAUACAUGCUAGGCAUGAGGAAGCGUUUAGAAGGCGCUGA